AUGCAUACAUGCCAGCAUCAACCAGAACUAAUGUCAAUCUUGUCGUCUCUGCUGCAGGCAUCCAAAACCAAAAGCCGCUUUGUCGUCGGCUCUCAUGUCUGGAUCGAAGAUGCAGACGAGGCAUGGAUGGAUGGCCAGGUGGAGGAGGUCAACGGGGAGGACCUUGUCAUAAACUGCACCAAUGGGAAGAAGGCCACCGUUAAUCUCUCGACUGCCUUUCCCAAGGACACGGAAUCCCCGCGUGGUGGUGUCGAGGAUAUGACCAGGCUCGCCUAUCUGCACGAACCAGGAGUGCUCCAGAACCUCAAGUCCAGAUACGCCCUCAAUGAGAUAUACACUUACACUGGGAAUAUUUUGAUAGCUGUGAAUCCAUUCCAAAGACUCCCCCACCUCUAUAACAACCACAUGAUGGGAAUUUACAAAGGAGCAGAAUUCGGUGAGCUGAGUCCCCAUCCAUUUGCUAUCACCGACCGUGCGUAUAGACUUAUGAUCAACGAUCGUAUCAGCCAAGCAAUAUUAGUGAGUGGAGAGAGUGGAGCUGGUAAGACAGAAAGCACUAAAAGUCUUAUGCAGUAUCUUGCUUUUAUGGGUGGUAAAGCUAAAGCUGAAGGAAGGUCAGUGCAAGAACAAAUCCUAGAGUCCAACCCUGUUCUUGAGGCAUUCGGCAAUGCAAAAACAGUUAGGAAUAAUAAUUCAAGUCGGUUUGGCAAAUUUGUUGAGAUUCAGUUUGACCAGUACGGGAAGAUUUCAGGAGCCGCCAUAAGGACUUAUCUUCUGGAAAGGUCACGUGUCUGUCAAAUAUCUGACCCAGAAAGGAACUAUCACUGCUUUUACAUGCUGUGUGCUGCACCAGAAGAACGAGCGAAAUAUAAAUUGGGAGAGGCUAAAACAUUUCGCUAUCUCAACCAGUCUAAUUGCAUUGAACUUAAUGGGUUUGAUGACUCCAAAGAAUAUGUCGAAACCAGAAGAGCUAUGGGUAUUGUAGGUAUGAGUAAUGAGGAACAGGAUGCAAUAUUCAAAGUUGUAGCUGCUAUUCUUCAUUUGGGGAAUGUAGAAUUUGGAGAAGGAAAGGAAGAAGAUUCCUCUGCACCCAAAGAUGAGAAAUCUCAGUUCCAUCUUAAGACAGCAGCUGAGCUUUUCAUGUGCGAUGCAAAGGGUCUUGAGGAAUCUUUGUGCAAGCGUGUUAUGGCAACACGUGGAGAGAGUAUUACAAAAAAUUUAGAUGCAAAGGGUGCAGCUCUUAGCAGAGAUGCAUUGUCUAGGAUUGUUUACUCGCGCUUGUUUGAUUGGCUUGUAAAUAAAAUCAAUAGUUCCAUUGGCCAAGAUCCAGACUCAAAGAUUUUGAUUGGUGUGCUGGACAUAUAUGGUUUUGAAAGUUUCAAGACAAACAGCUUUGAGCAAUUUUGUAUCAAUCUAACUAAUGAGAAGCUCCAGCAACAUUUUAACCAGCAUGUUUUUAAGAUGGAACAAGAAGAAUAUACAAAAGAAGAAAUUGACUGGAGCUACAUCCAAUUUGUAGACAACCAGGAAAUUCUUGAUCUCAUUGAAAAGAAACCGGGUGGGAUAAUUGCUCUGUUGGAUGAGACAUGCAUGCUACGGAAUUCAACCCAUGAAACAUUUGCUGAGAAGCUAUAUCAGAAGUUCAAGGACAGCCCACAUUUCAGUAAACCCAAAUUUUCAAGAUCUGACUUCACCGUUCAUCAUUAUGCUGGACAUGUCACUUAUCAAACAGAUCUUUUCUUAGAUAAAAACAUAGAUUAUGCUGUAAAUGAACAUCAGAUCCUAUUAAAUGCUUCAACAUGUCCAUUUGUUUCAAGUCUUUUUCCACCUGUUGAAGAAUCAGCGAAGUCAACAAAGUUUACUUCGAUAGGCUCAAGUUUCAAGCAACAACUACAAUCUCUGUUAGAAACGUUGAGUGCAACAGAACCACACUACAUCCGCUGCAUAAAACCCAAUAAUGUUCUCAAGCCAGAGAUAUUUGAGAACAGUAAUGUUCUCCAGCAGCUUCGGUGUGGGGGUGUGUUAGAGGCAAUAAGGAUAAGCUGUCUAGGAUACCCCACUAGGCGAACCUUUUAUGAAUUUGUCAAUCGAUUUGGUAUUCUGCAUCCCAAAGCUCUGAGUAAAGGCAAUACUGAAAUUACUUCUACGAAGAUGAUUCUCGAGAAAGCUAACCUUGUAGGCUAUCAGAUAGGGAAAACAAAAGUGUUUCUUCGUGCUGGUCAAAUGGCUGAGUUAGAUGCUCUAAGAACUGAGGUUUUGGGACUCUCUGCUAAAAAACUACAAACCAAAGUUCGUUCGUUUAUGUCUCGCAAGAAGUAUGUCGAGAUGCGAACAUGUGCUACACAACUCCAGGCAGUAUGCAGGGGAACAACUGCUAGAAGGUUAUAUGAAAAUCUUCGAAGACAGGCAGCUGCUUUGAAAAUUCAGACCUAUCGCCGUAUGCGCCAUGAAAGAAUAAAAUAUAGAGAUCUGUGUUCCGCAUCAACUACUAUCCAAUGUGGUCUACGUGGUAUGGCUGCUCGCGGCAAACUGCGUUUUUGCCGACAAACAAAAGCUGCAGUGAUUAUUCAGAGUCGAUGCCGCUGUCAUUUAGCGCGCUCACGAUAUGUGAGGAUGACAAAGGCCAUACUCGUAACUCAGUGUGCUUGGAGAGGAAAAAUAGCUAGAAGAGAACUUCGACAGCUCAAAAUGGCUGCAAAGGAAACUGGUGCCCUACAGGCUGCCAAGAGUAAACUAGAGAAAGAAGUCGAGGAGCUUACUUGGCGGUUACAAGUGGAGAAGCGCAUCAGGUCUGAUUUGGAAGAAGCCAAGGAAGCGAAAAUUCAAGAAAAUAAGAAGCUCCAAUCACAAUUGCAGGAAUUGCAACAACAAUUCAAGGAAACAAAAGAAUUGUUAAAGAAGGAACAGGAAACUUCCAAGGUAGCAUCAGAGAAAGCAGAGAAAGUUACUCUAGUGCCAGAGAUCCGUGUUGAUGAAACUCAAGUUAAUGAGCUCACUGCCGAAAAAGAGAAGCUCACUACACUGGUGAGCUCUCUUGAGACAAAAAUAGAGGAAACGGAAGAGAGGUUUCAAGAACAAGACCAAGUCAGAGAAGAGUCUAUGAAGAAAGCUACAGAGGCAGAGUCACAGCUAAAUCAACUAAAGAAUGCAUUUCUAAGCCUUCGAGAGAAGUUGGCUAGUGCAGAAGCAGAGAUCAUUAAUCUCCGACAACAUGCUGCGAGACCAAGACCUGAUCCUUUGCUUAACAUGCAUAAAAAAUCUGUAAUCUCUCUCUCUCUCUCUCUCUCUCUCUCUCUCUCUCUCUUGAGAGUGUUGAAGCACUUAUAA